UCGACUUAGCGCCGGGUUCCUUGCCUUCGCCAACGCCAUGAGUACGAGCAGCACAGCCCGUGCUGCUGCAUCACGCAAAAACCCGUACGUCUGGGUGAGCACAGCGAAAGGAAGAUGAAUGCUUCAGAAGAGAUCUCGUCAGUCACCGCCUGCGUCAGUCAUCUGGCUGCCCUGUUUGUUGCGUGUGUGUCAGAUGGCGGCCUUCAUUGGUGCUGGUUUCGCGUGGGCCGGCGGGAUUGGGUACUUCGUGUACACCGAGUACUUCAACACGGAGAAGAAGGAGAGGAAGCAGCAGGAGCAAAGGGCCAAAGAGGAGAAGGAGAAAGAGCUGCGCCAGAGGCGGAUGCAGAGGCGGGAGGAGAUGAUUGACGCCUACAGACAGCAGCGGCAGCAACAGAGCCUGCAGUCGCCAGCGUCGCCCGAUGCGGAUGCGGACGCGCCAUCUCCUCAUGAGCAAGGCGGCUCGUUUGAGGACCGCCUGCAGAAGGAGCUCGACACAACAUCGUAAGUCAGCAAAUAUGGAGACUAGAUGACAGUGUGCACGCAUCCCUGCUGCUUCCGCGUCUUGCAGGUACGAUUUGUGGCGUAAGGACGGCCUCGAUGUGCCGCCCUCGGAAAAGACCGCAGCAGCGAACACCCAAGACAAUGGCUGACGACGGACAGCUGGUCGUGCAGUACAUGGUACUGUUCUCCUCCUGGGUAGAUGGCUCGGUCGCGAUGUUCAUUUUUUUGUGGGCGUCUUGUUGUCAAAUCCGCUGCCCGUUGGGCCCUUCUCAUUCCGGCACGGUACGAAGACUGCGUCAGGCUGAGAUGCCGACCGUAGUCUCCGUAUCGCGUCGUGUGUCUGGAGGGCCACGCGGGUGGCACCAAUGUCGAAGUGACGAGACAGUCAAGGAGGGAUGGGUUGCUGCUGGACUACCGCACGUGGCAUGCAACACGAACAUUUAUGUUGGGGUGAUGGCUUCGUGCUGAGUGCCGCGCUGGAUUUUUCGUAGCCCACCGGCAUCGAACGCGCGAGUUCCAUCUGCAGCUACGGAUGGCACUCCUGCGUUCGGUGCCGGUGGGCUACGAAGCAUCCAGCACGGCAUGACAGACAGGCAGGUUUGACCUUGGUGUGGACUGAAUGGCCGCUCUCAAUCCAAUGAAUGCAAUGC